AUGUCAACAGCAUCAGCCAACCAGUCCCGAGCGUACAUUUCCCACACUUCUUCGUCUCUGAAGGACUCAAGAGUCUUGUGGCCCUCCAAUGGGCGUCUCGUCCACUCGAUCGGCAUGCAGAAUGGGGAGUUGGUAGUCGUGACUCACGCUCUGGGCGCUUCUUAUGAAGGUAGAGAGGUCGAGGAAGUCCUUGCUGGCUUUUGCCAAAGAAUAUUCCUUUUGUUCCAGGUCGAUACCAGAGCCCUGGGGAUCGCAGGGGUCAUCGCCGAACAGCUUUUCAAAAGCAUCGACGACAACGGCUCUUUUUCCCGAGAGACAAUGCCCCUGGGCAUCCAGGGAGUCCAAGAAUUGAAUUGGACAACCCAGAAUGAAGAGCUGGUCGCUCUCCAACAACAGUAUCAGAGAAGGGUGCAAGAUGAAGGCAAACCGUUAAAGCCUUUUUCAAUGACAGAUUCGAACGGGAACGAGCUGCUCUUUGCUGGGCUGGGGGAGGAGACAUUGGUUAUUGUCGACAAGGCAAUGCUCGCGGUAGGUAUCGUCAGAUACCGCGUGCACUUCUUUGACGUGGGCCUGGGACGGCCAAAGAACUCGUGGCAAUUGUUUGUGAAAAUCAACCAUCAAGAUUUCCUGCGCUCGUGGUUUCGAUCAAGCCUUGCUCCAGUUCAAGAUAUGGCUGUAGCUGUCAUGACGGCGAUGCGAAUCUUCUCGGAUGCUCGUCGUUUGAUCAAUGAACCUGGCAGGCGAACAGAGGCAGUCGUUCUGGUGGAAACCAUUAGGCGGGGCCAGUUUUACAUGAAUUCGACUGUCGUCGAUGAAGGAACUGCCGCAGCCCCUGAAACGCUCGCCCCUAGUGAUGGCGACGUCUCGGCGAAAGAUUCCCAUUCACAACCAGACCCUUCUCUGUCUCCGUCUUCGUCUUCGUCUUCGCCAUCAUCUAAUUCUUCCUCCCCUCCAACCACAAUGGGCGAACCAUCGAUUUCAGACCCCGCCGGAACUGUGCAGGCAACUUCCACAAAGAAACGAAAGAAGAGGCCGACCAGAAAAAACAGGCAGAAAAAACAAGAUAGCCAGUGCGAAACGCCGUCAAAUGAGGGUACCGAGUCUUCAAGAGACAAGAGUUUGCAAGACAUUGUGAGCGGGACAGCGGAUAUUACAAUCUCCGAGCCACCCGCAAUACCAACAUCAGCGUCUGCUCCAACUGAAUCCGCUGUCCAGCCUGAUGGAGGUAGUUCCGAGAAGGGCACGAGCGCAGCAGCACCGCCGACGACGGCGGAGGUGAAGCAGAAGGAUAAUGACGGGAACCCCAGUAAGACUCGUACAGCCGGGGGCCGGGAUCAAGACCUGGAUGACACUGCUUCUCGACAUUCGAGUGAUUCUGACCGGACGAUAAUUCAAGCAGAUUUUUCGACCAAAGAUGUCGCCGUCAGCCCUUCCAGCAAAGGUCAGCAAGGCAACGAAGUGGUGGUGGGAGGAGGAGGAGUUGGUGGUGGUGGUGCUGUGGUUGCGGAUAGCAAGGAAGAUUCGGAGAACAAGGCAGACGAGAAUACCAAGACGACUUCAGGAACUCAGAGCACCGCGUCGGAUGACGGAGAUUCGGAGCCUAGCGAGCAUGUCAAGCCCGUUGAUCAAGAGCCGCGCCAUCCUUCUGCUGGAUUCAAAUUCGAUGGCUUUGAUCCGCGUCUGAGGUGUUUGAAACCGGACUGCCGAAACAUGACAAGCUGCUGGGAUUGCGCCGUGAUGAUCUGCCCUGCCUGUGGCACUGACAGCUUCACCCGCUACUGCAGAAAGCAGCACCUGUACGACGACAUUCAACGCCACUGGGCAGUGGAAUGUGGGAGGAACAAGAUCAACGGACCAAUCGAUCGAGACACAAUUCGCCCCAGACAAAUUCCCAAGCGACCCUACAUAUUUGGCCAGUACCAUGACAUUGUCGAGCGCCACAGACAGGCGGUGUACCGCGCCAUGGAAGACGCCGACUACUUCAUUUUCAACGACGUCAAGAUGCUUGACAGCGGCAUCGUACACCCAACACAAGAGCAAUGGAACUCGGUGCGCGGAACUGGUGAGGCGGUAUUCCAAAUCGUCUUCCCGGAUGAUAUGACGCCGCAUUCCGACAGGCAGAUUUUCAACUACCACAUUCAACGCAUCCUGUCGCUAGGCAAGCCGUUGGCUGAGGAGAGCUGUGUGAGGGCGUUGGAGAUGAUUCGUUCGGCGCUGGUCAUGACGGGGAGUUGGACGGUGGAGAUAUUGUCCUACCUGUGCAUGCAAUUGCCAGGUGAAUGGGGCAACUUCAAGAUACCAGAGCGCUUUUACAAUGUCAUUGAGGUAAACGCGAUGUGGCAAAUGCAUCGCGCACUGCCUAUGGCGGACCGCUGA